CCUCCAGCCGCACGCACGCGCACUGCAUCCAGCAUGAGGGUCGUGGCCCUGAUCAGUGGUGGGAAAGACAGCUGUUACAAUAUGAUGCAGUGCAUUGCUGCUGGGCAUCAGAUUGUUGCUUUAGCAAAUCUAAGACCCGAUGAAAACCAAGUGGGAUCUGAUGAACUGGAUAGCUACAUGUAUCAGACAGUGGGUCAUCAAGCCAUUGACUUGUAUGCAGAAGCAAUGGCUCUUCCCCUCUACCGCAGAACCAUAAGAGGAAGGAGCUUGGAUAUAGGACAAGUGUACACCAAAUGUGAAGGUGAUGAGGUUGAAGAUCUCUAUGAACUUUUGAAACUUGUUAAGGAAAAAGAAGAAGUAGAUGGGAUAUCAGUAGGUGCUAUACUUUCUGAUUAUCAGCAUACUCGAGUACAAAAUGUGUGUAAAAGGCUUAAUCUCCAACUGUUAGCUUACCUUUGGCAAAGGAACCAGGAAGAUUUGCUCCGAGAGAUGAUAGCAUCUAACAUUCAAGCAGUGAUCAUCAAAGUAGCAGCUUUGGGUUUAGAUCCAGAUAAACAUCUUGGGAAAACACUGGAUGAGAUGGAGCCUUAUCUCUUAGAGCUUUCUAAGAAAUAUGGAGUCCACGUAUGUGGAGAAGGUGGAGAAUAUGAAACAUUCACUUUGGAUUGCCCUCUAUUUAAGAAGAAAAUAAUUGUAAGCUCUGAUGAAAAGAAUUACAGCCUAGCUUUUAAAAGAAGAGGACAAUUCCUGGGAAAUUAUAGGGAUUCUUCAGAAGUGGUUGUACAUUCAGCUGAUGCAUUUGCACCUGUGGCUUAUCUACGCUUUUUAGAAUUGCACUUAGAAGACAAGGUAUCUCCAGAGCCUGACAACUAUAAAACAUCUACGUAUAUACAUAAUUUUUGAAAAAGCAUUUUCAAAAACAUCAUUGACUAAGCAGUCAUUUUUGUACAGAAAAGUUAACAUAGCAUUUUGUCAAUUACUAUGGCCAGUUUUUCCCAUUACUUUAUUUUUUUAUUUUUUAAAUGCUUUUUUUAAGAAGAAAUUAAUAGAAUCAUUGAUUAAUUGAAAAAAAUAUCAACAGCUUAUUCAUUAACAUUACCAACUUCUCUAUAUUGACUUUUUCUUUGGCUAACACAACCUUUCCAUGACUUCUAUGUGACAUAUGUCUCUUUUGUUCCCCUUUAAUUUUACCUAUAACUCCUGUAUGUGUAAUUAUUUCUUUCAUUGCACUAUUUUCCUCUUUAUUCUUCCCAUCCUUGCAAUCUAUGUCAUGAUACAGAGGCAUAUGAAAAGACAAUCACUUUAUUUAGCCAAUUGAGUUUAUUUUACUGUAUAUCACCUAAAUGAUCUCUAAUUUUUGUAUCAACGUUACUGGAAAAAUAGGAAUAAUACCAUUACUUUAAUUGGUUAUUUUAUAAUCAUGUUUAUUUACACCCUAUUUAAAAAAAUAGAAUGUGGGGGGUAUCUUUCAGUUCACAGCAAAAUUGAGAUGUACGGAGUUCCCGUAUAUACUCCCUGCUUCCACACAAGCAUGGUCUACUCCACCAUUAACUUUCUGUGCCAGAGUCAUACAUAUUUUACAACUGCUGAACCUAUUUUGAUUAAAUAUUAUCAUAAAAAGCCCAUAGUUUACAUUAAGGUUCACUGUUAAUUUUUACAGUCUGUAUGUUUUGAUAAUGUCAAAUGACAUGUGUCCACUAUUACAAUAUCAUACAGAAUAGUUUUGCCACCUUAAGAUCUAUGUUCCACUUAUUCAUUUCUUCAUUGGUCUUCUUUAAUCUCUGGCAACCACUCAUUUUAUUGUCUCCAUACCUUUGUUUUUUCCAGGAUGUCAUAUAAAAAAAAAUACAGUAUGUAUCCUUUCCCGAUUAGCUUCUUCCUCUUAUUAAUUUGCAUUUAGGUUCCCUCAUUUUUUUAAGUCUUGUUAGCUUAUUUCUUACAAGUACCUAAUAAUAUUCCAUUGUCUGAACAUAACAAAGUUUAUUAUAUCCUUUCACCUCCUGAAGGACAACUUAGUURCUUCCACCUUUUGGCAAUUAUGAAUAUAACUACUAUAAACAUCCAUGUGCAUGUUUUUGUGUAAACGUAAGUUUUCAAUUCAUUUGUGUAAAUACCAAUGAGUAUGAUUAUUGUAUUUAUAAAAGUAUAAUGAAAGGAUGUUUAGCUUUGUAAGAAACUGACAAACUGUCUUCCAUUAUAGCUGUACUAUUUUGCAUCCCACCAGUAAUAAAUGAAUUUCUUUUCUUCCAUUC